UUAAUAACAAUUUUCAGCAAUCUUUAUGUUUUAGGUAAUCCGGACACUAAGCGGCUCGUUGAAAACUACAACCAAUUGACUCGGCACUUAUUUUACGGACUUCUAAAAUUGUAUCCAAGGCAAACCUUCGUGUUAUCAGCUUUGGCGUUUUACAAUACUUUAGCGCAGUUCUCGUUAUACUCGAAAGGUCAAACGUUAAAAGCUAUCAAGGAUGCGCUGGGAACGAAAAAUACAACUGAAAUGAAAAGAAUACUAAAAAUAGUGAACAAAAGGACAUUUGGCCAUGAUCUGCACCUUCCGCUGAGAUAUGCAACAAAAAUAUACGCCGACGACAAAUACAAAUUCUGUUCGGCUUUCAAAAACUCCUUCUCAAAGUAUUUCAUAGGACAAACUGGAAAUGCCGAUUUCGAUAAUCCUACCAAAGCGGCCAGAACCAUAAAUGCAUGGGUCAACAGCCAAGAAAUCGGUCAGGCUGGAAACAAAGAUUUAGUGAAUGCGACCAAGAUAAAGAAAGAUAAAGGUUUUAUUAUAGUUAAUUCUCUCGAAUUUGAGCUCGAUUUCGACACCGGAUUCAAUCCAAGACAAGUUAAACUAAUUAAUUUUUAUUCGAACGAAAGGAAAAAAAUUAAUACACCUGCACUAGUUGGGACGGGAAUCGUAAAAUACGCAUACCUUGAAAAAUAUAAGGCACAGUUCAUCAGUAUAACAUUGAAUGGAGGUGCUUUUACAUUUUUCGUAGCUCUUCCUGAUAAGGUUGACGGAUUGCCCGAAAUGCUACAAAAUAUUAAGGGGUCGAAUGUAUCUGAAGAAGCCUUUGCUGCUCAAGAAUUUAGAUGUGUGAACAUAAGUCUACCGUUACAGCGAGCGGCCACACAAGCUGAUCUUACGAAAAUUCUCAAAUCGGUAAAAAAUUUGGAUAUAGUAUUUGACAAAGACCGGGCGAAGUUUUCUGGUGUAACGAAGAAAUGUGAAGCCGGUGCUAUCGAAGGUGUCUUCAGUGAAGUGUACCUUGUUGGUAAAAUGAUCGAAGAUGACAAUCUCGACGCAAUGAAAAAAUCUCUUGUGGCGAAAAGUAUCUGUGCAAAUAAAGAUAAGAUAACCAUUGAGAUUAAUCGUCCCUAUGCAUUUUCAAUACUGAAUAAUGUCGUAGGUGUCGACACUCCAUCGCUCCUAUUCUCCGGUGUUUACUAUCAAAACGAUAUUGUAAACCAUAAUUAUUAAAUACGUAAAUACGUUAUUCAAUUUCUACAAAUUUUUGACUUAAUAAAUUCAAUUCACAUAUACUUGUUUUUCUUGUCCUUCACGGGUAGCUCACAUGUGACCUGGUAUAUCAUUGUCGGAGCACAUUUAUACAAAUUAGUUCAGACAUGAGAUCGAAACUUGUUUAAUGGCUGUUCCAGUCUAAAAGUUAACAUGUAUUGCGUGGCAGCUUUAAAAAAGCAGCAACUGUUUCAU